CGGAUUUUUCCCUCUUCACGGAAGAGAGCGGAGGAUCGGUUUCCAGAAACCUCCGCGACGGAGCGACGGACAGAGGAGGACGCACCGGAGCACAGCCCGACAGGAGCCGAUCCAUCCCGGGGACAAAGCAGGGAGAGCCGCAUCUGUUGCAGGAGGAAGAAAAGGAGGAAGAGGAGGAGGACUGCAGGACAGUGUGUGAGACAGAAAUGGGACUGAGGCUCUCCUGAGAGGAAGAGAAGAGCAGCGGACCUGAAGGAGGACAGUCACCGGGCUCCGACAUGGCCCACGUAGGCAACGGAGCGACCGCAGAGGAGGAGGACUGCUUUGAAGAUGCCUACGACCGAAUACCUGCGGCGUGUCAGAUGGACCUGCAGACCGCCAUCCAGGAGACUCAGUGUGCUCUCAAUCUGGUCCUCAACAACAAGUUCUCUGAAGCCCUGGACCUCCUCAAACCAUGGUGGAGGGACAGUAUGUACCAUGCGUUGGGUUACAGCAGCAUCCUGGUGAUGCAAGCGACGAUGACCUUCGAACACAGGGACAUCCAGGCUGCCAUGGCAACCAUCAAGGAGGCGCUACAUACCUGUCAGAGGUUCAGGAAGAAGAACUCAGUAGUCGGAUCUCUGUCCAGUCUGAUCAGCAAGCAGUCCAACCUGCAGGAAGAGGAGAUGCACGCAGAGAUCUGCUACGCCGAGUGUCUGCUGCAGAAAGCCACGUUGACGUUUGUACAGGAUGAAAACAUGAUCAGUUUUAUUAAAGGAGGCAUCAAGAUUCGAACAAGCUACCAAAUCUACAAGGAUUGUCAGAAUGUGCUGAACGUCACUCAGGACCCGACCAGCCAGUCUGAUUCAUUCAAACAGUUUGAGGGCGGAGUCAGGCUGGGCAUUGGCUCCUUCAACCUGAUGUUGUCUCUCCUCCCUCAGAGGAUUCUGAGGUUGUUGGAGUUCAUCGGAUUCUCAGGAAACAGGGGGUUUGGUUUGUCUCAGCUGAGAGAGGGAGCCUCCAGCCACAGUCUGCGGUCGAUCCUCUGCGCUCUGACUCUGCUCUUCUACAACACAUACGUGUCACUGAUACUCGGAACUGGAGAGGGGAACCUGGUGGAGGCUGAAGCUCUGCUGGAGCCGUACCAACAAAAAUACCCCAAAGGCUCCAUCAUUCUCUUCUACUCAGCUCGUAUCUCCGCACUGCGAGGAAACUUCGAGAAGGCGCGGGCGAAGUACGAGGAGUGUAUCAGCAGCCAGCAGGAGUGGAAGCAGAUUCACCACCUGUGUUACUGGGAGCUGAUGUGGACUCACUCCUACCAGCAGGAGUGGCAGCAGGCGUACCACUACGCUGACCUGCUGUGCAAGGAGAGCCGCUGGUCCAAGGCUAUCUAUGUUUACCAGAAGGCGGCCAUCCUCAGUAUGAUGUCACAGGAGGAAGUGAAGAAGACAGGGGAGGACAUCAUGGAGCUCUUUAGGCAGGUGGAGGGGCUGAAACAGCGCCUGGCAGGGAAGUCGAUCCCGACGGAGAAAUUUGCAGUGAGGAAGUCCAGACGCUACAAAGCUGCUAACCCCGUCCCCCUGGUCAUCCCUGCACUGGAGAUGAUGUACGUUUGGAACGGUUUCACCAUCGUUGGAAAAAGAGCCGACAGCACCGAGGCCCUGCUGGUUACCAUAGAGAAGGCUGAAGAGCAGCUUCGCAACGACCCCAAUCCGUCAGAGUUUCAUCCCGAUGACAGCUGCCUGGUCCAGAUGUUGAAGGGACUCAGUCUCAAACACCUGGGCAGGUUAUUGCAGGCUGAGCUGUGUUUCACCCAGGUCCUGUCCAGUGAGAACCGUAUCAGAUACGAUCACUACCUGAUUCCCUUCACUCUCUAUGAGUUGGGUCUGCUGUAUAAACAACAGGGAGACUUCACCAAGGCCACCACAUACAUCGAAAAUGCCAAGAUGAACUACAAGGACUACUCCAUGGAGUCCAGACUGCACUUCAGGAUCCACGCGGCCCUCAACAGCCUCAAAGGAUCACCUGUCAGCACCCCAUAAUACUCUACGACAACUCAGACGGCAGCUGGAAACAUCAGUGUAUGAAUCAUGAAUCCAGGGAUCUCCUCUCUCACUCAGCUGAAGUAAAGCGCCCUUCAGUGAAGAAGCUUGAAGGUGUCGGCCGUUCGAUGUCCACCAGGACUCUCCUCUCCUCAUUGCUAGCAGCCUUAUCUUCUAUUUAAAUGUUUCCUUAUUUAUUUUUUCACACAGUGUGCAGACAGAUGAGAUUAUUUAAGCGCCUCCACUCAAACAGGCUUGGGCUUCCCGUCAGCUAAUACACAGCUUUAAUUUGCAGACGCAGCGCCAUGGUUCAAUGCCAAAUGUCAACUUAAUCAACACGCUAAGAGUUAAUGAUCCUUGAUCGUCUGUAAGGAGACGAUAAGACAUGAGGAGCUUCACUCAGAGGGCUCGUUCACUCAGAGACGCUUCAGGAGACGACACAGCUGCUCUUUGAUAUAAAAGCACAAGAUAGGAGGUUUUAGAAAAGACGCAGCAGGAUCGGCCGUCACACUGAGACGGGAAACUAGUAAGCGAGGAGAGAUCUGGUGAAACCAACCUGACAGAUGUUUAACUGACCACUGUUCACCUCCUGCAGCUUCUGGCUGAACGAGCCCUAAAAUUAAAAACUGACAUCUAAACUACCAAACAAGUCAUGGCCUUAAACUGCUUCUGGUUUUGUAUGUGCUCAGUAAACUGUAUAUUUUUAGGACAGAAUCAAAAACAUUGACAGAUGAGUAUGAGGAGCAGGGAGAGAUGUGUGUGUGUAGGAACACACAGUAUAUAUAUAUAUAUAUGCUUUAUUCUUUCUUUACUUUGCCUUUUUCUUUAUGAUUUUAUAAUAAUACAUCACACCACACAUGCACACAAACGUGCACACGCAAUCACAGCCUUCUCACCAACCGUGGCUUAUCCAAACACACACACACACAACAUGAUACACUCAUUCCAAGCUUGCACAUACUGGGCAAUACGCACAUUUAAAAGAGAAGCAAACAGCUGUAAACGCACACAUUUAGCAGCAAUAUGACUCCGUGCUGUUGGUCAGUGUGUCCGUGUGUGUCCAUGUUUGCACCGUCAGCUGUUUUAUUUCUGUCUCAUUCUUUGAGGGAGAUUUUCUUUGCCUCUGAUAAACGUUUGCACGACUCAAACUACACUCACUCCACAUUAACUCAACCGUCUGUUGACGGAAUACUGAACAUUCAUCUCAACAGUCGUCGUCAAGCUGCUGACGUCCAGACUGUGGGAGACGGAUGGCUUUAGGGAGAUGGCCUGUUUUUUGUUUUUUUAAGUUUUAUUAUAUUAAGUUGUAUUUUAUUAUAUAUGAUAAAUUCUAUAGAUCAACAACAAACAUGAAGAGCAGUUAUGUUAGUGUCUGUUUAUGGAUGUAGACAUUUUUAAAAAGCACAAUCCAUGAUCUUCAGUCAGCACCUUGGAUACGGUUCACUUCUCAUUUGGUUUCACAUAGUUUGAUACUUUUUACUUUUACGUUAGCACAGUCUCACGAUGCGUGAAAUGGACACAAAGUUUUAAGAACGCAUUAAGUGGUGGUGGGCAGGAAAUGCUGGCAACAUGAGAACUAUGUCAGUGUGAGUUCUUUUACGAAUGAAGAAAACACUUGGUUAGAUUUAGGGAACAAAAAAUACUUUAUUUUGUUUAGUUUAGAAAAAAAGAUAAUUUCAGUUAAAAUAACUACGUACAGGAUGUAAGUGACAUAAAAGUGUGUAUUUUGCAGUUACCAAUGAUUAUACUUUACAAAGAUAGACGAUGUGUCUUCACUUCUUCCCAGGGUACAAAAAUUAAUCCAAAAUAUUCCAGAUAUGGCUGCAGCUGGAGCCAGAAUUGGCACGGUGGUGUCAAGUCACCGCCGUCCAGCCAACACCGACUGGCACAGGCAGCUGUAGGGCUGAGCAAUAUGGAGAAAAUCAAAUAUCACGAUAUGUUUAACCAAACACCUCGAUAUCAAUAUGGCAACAACAUUGUAGGGCUGACUGUUGGUGCUCUGACCAAAUAUUUAAACAAGAUUUUACGAUACGAUUUUAAUAGAGAUAAAUAACCAUCAGUAAUAUGGAUGUAAUGACUGAGUAAAGGCAGAUAAUAGAACGGCUACAACAGUCUGAUGAGUUCAGAAAAUUACAUCACUUUACUUAAAUAGAGCCUUGCCAUAUCUAAAAUCUAAGACAUCUCGUGAUAUACUAUCAAUAUGUUGCCCAGUUGAUGAUCAGUUAUGAUCAGACCUCGUCUUUAUAGCAUCAAAUAACUCAAAACAUCAGUGUGAUAAGAAUUAUGUUUUGAUCCUUUAGUUUGGCCCAUGUCCCGUCCACUAACACAGAGGGAGCAGGGUUUAUGACCUGUACUGCAGCCAGCCACCAGGGGGCGAUCCAGAUGUUUUGGCUUCACUUCUGGGGAACUGUCAUGUCGUCCAUCUUUAUAAACGGCCUGUUUUAGUUACAUAAAGUACUCACGUACACUUUACAUAAUUACAUAAAGUCCGUAAAGUUAUGUAACGUUGACUUUUGGUUUCACACGGGACACGAGCAGAAGUCUCCUGGGUGAAAGUCCAUGUUUGUGUGACCCAUCCACCACACCGCCCACUCACCCUGCACCGACUGUCUCAUUUUUUCCAUUUGAUUUUUUCCACAUGACUCCAACACAUUCGGUGCCCACCACCAGGUUAUGCAUUAUUAAGACUUUGUUUCCAUUAAAAGUCUUUCUAUGAGACUGUGUUGGUUACAUACAUGAUAUAUUACCUCAAUAAAUAUUUACUGUAUGUCAGACUCAAACGGUACGUUAGUUUAUAGCAGCUGGAUUUGUGGCUUUGAAAGAUGAAAAUGCUUUUAUCUCCAAAAAGGCAGAACAAGUUUCCCCUUUAAACAUUAAAUAUUGAACUCAGUACAUCAGAUAAAACAGUGUCACAUUGAUUGGAGGAGUUUUGUCAGUCAGUCCCAAACAGCAGCAGAGUUCUCUUAAUUUCAUCUUUGCUCUAUUUCAAACAUCCGGAGCAAAGGACGCACUCGUCCUUGGAGUUGUGUCCAACUUGAAUCAAUGAGUGGUAACAAUUAGCCUUCUCUCUAUAACGAAUGUAUCAACCGAAAGACCAAAUUAUAUACGUGUGUCUUGCUGUACGUGUCUUUUGUUUUUCAUGUGUACUUUGUGCCUGUUGGGGUGUGAUCUUUCUUUGUGUGUUUGUGUGAUCUGAAACUUCCGAACAACUGAAUUGGCCAAGUGCAGAAAACAUUCAUUUGUGGUAAAGUCGAUAACAGACCAGAGUCGUCCGUCUAAAAGAGAUGUGGCAAUAAAUGUGUUGAUGUCCCAGUAGUGCCCCGUACUGCAGGACAAUGCUCGAUCAACUUCUAAUGCUAGAAAACUGCCGGUGGCUAACGCUGCUAGUUAAACAAGGUUUUGAACAAAAUUUGACUCAGUGAAUAUUUUAGAUAACUCACCAACCGUUCACGUCAUCGGUUUGCUAUUACGUGAUUGAUUUAACAAGCUGUGGCAUCUUAGCAUCGCACCCUUAGCUUGUGCUACGGUAUUAGCAUGUUGCCUGCUAAAUAAUAUGCUAAUAUAUUGUGCCUACUAGCAUAGAAUAUUUUAAAAUGUUAGCAUUAGCUCUUGACGUGUUUGCUCAUGUGUGCAUAAUACUAGCUCGUGUUAUCAUUACAUUCGAGUCACAGAGCUAACGUCUGUUUUUCUGGAGGACAGAUCUCUUUCAUUUAAUGACACUUAGCACAGGUUCAAAGGUGUGUCCAAAUCCACAAGGAAAUAAUAAAGAUAUUCUGCUCACUGUGCGAUAAUAAAGAUUAUUAACCUCUCGUUAUCCAAACAAAGAUGGUAGCUGGAAGUCCUUGCUUAUUUUUACACAUUAUUGUGUAUUAAAAAAGAAAAGUUGGCUUUACCCCAAAAACAAGUCCCGGUUUUCCAAAACUAACGCUACACUCCUGCUUUAAGAUAAACCAUAUUGCCAAAAUUUCUUUUCGCAUUUUACCUUUCUGUAAGCCACAAAUUUGUUACAUUGUGGUGAGGUUUAGGCACAAACGCAACUCAACUUAUGGUUUGGAAAAGAUCAUGUUCUGGCUGAAACCACUCAAGUGUGGUGGCACAACAGUCACUGGAAAAGCAGGGACAGGGCGGUAGAAAAAACACCCGGGUUCAGUGGCUCAGACCCUGCUGGGAAAUGCUGCAAAUAGUUGGUAUAAACAACCGGGACAGGUGACUCAAACACCCCUGAGAAAUGCUGCAAAUGCUCGGUACUAACACCUGGGACAGGUGGCUCAAACGCCACAAACAGUCAGUAAAACACCCGGGAUCAGUGGCUUAAACAUCACUGAGGAAUACUGCAAAUGGUCAGUGAAUUCACCCAGGGUAGAUCAGGCUCACACGCCACCAAUAGUCUAAGAACACACAGGGCUGGUAGCUUAAACGGUGCUAAGAAAUGCCACGAAGGGUGGGUGAAAAAACCAGUGGGAUUGGUAGCUCAAAUGCCGCUGAGAAAUGUUAUGAAUAGUCGAUGGAAAACACUGAGGUUCAGUGGCUCAAACGCUGCAGAGAAAUAGUCGGUAAAAACACCCGAGACAGGCGGCUCAAACACCACAAAUAGUCGGUAAACACAGUCUGGAUCAGUGGUUUAAUCGCUGUAGAGAAAUGCUGCUAAUACACGAUAAAAACAAUCAGGACAGGUGCUGCAAACGGUCAGUAAAAACACCCGGGAUCAGUGGCUUAAAUGCUGCCAAGAAAUGCCAUGAAGGAUGGGUGAAAAACAAGCAGGAUCUGUGACUCAAAUGCUGCCGAGGGAUGGCACAAACAGCACAAACAGACCGGCUUCUAUGGCUAAAACGCGGCUAAAAAACGGCACCAACGAUCGAUGAAAAACACCUUUGGUCUGCAGCUAAAACUUCGCCUAAAAGGGUCGGUAGAAACACUGAGGCUCGGUGGCUCAAAUGCUGCUGGCAAACUGAAACUGACUGCAUGGAGUGUUUGUAUUUUCUGCCAAACAACGCAAGGAAUUUUCAGACUAACCAGGCUACGUAAAUUUGGGCUGUCCGUACGUCACUUUAGGGAUGUUGAUUGGAUUUCGUAUAAAACAUACAAAUGUGAUGUAUCCAUGGCAACCCUUUCUUCUGGUGACGGGGCUGUAAAGAAAGGAGAGUAGCAUUAUUGUAGCUGCCUCUAAAACUUCUACGUUUUCCUCUACGUCGUACGAAUCAGACGAGGUAAAGAUUCUUUGACUUCCGGCUGAUGUCUUUGUUGGACAAAGACGUAGAGUCGUAAUUUAAUAAAUCUGAUAAACAGCGGACGGAAUAUUUUGGAUCCAGAUAGUCUGACAGAUAGUGCUGUUAAAUGACCCUCAAGGAUUUGUCCUCCAGAUGUGACCGAUCCACAUUAAAGAUUUCAUCAUCGUCACUCUAAAGAUUUAAAGUUUUGGAUGUUUUGGUGUCUUUUGUCACGGCCUUUCUCUGUGGAAGGCUUUGGUUCAGCUGUUCAUGUCGGUGCCUCUGUGCGUCUCUGUUAAACUGUAUGAACUCUCUUUUCUGUAUGAUAUGCAUUGCAUGUUUUUCUUCAUUAUGUUUAAUCUUUAUUUUCUAAUAUAAGACAUGACUGUAUGUGCUUUACGGCAGGAAGUGAUAUGACCCUAUAUUACAGGCUUUAUGGUUCCAGGUGGUGAUCGACAUGGUGCAAUAAACUGAAAACAGAAGGAUAAUUGUUCA